AUCGAAACUUUGAACGCAUGUUGCGCCCGAGGCCUCGGCCGAGGGCACGUCUGCUUGAACGCCACACACAUCCAGGUGGAACCUCGCAUCCGAACCCACCCCUCCGCACGCAGCUAAGUGCGGCAGGGGAAACGGGACGGGAAAGCAAUGCGGGGCAGACAAGGGGCGCUCGGGUUGGUGUGGGCUCCGGCCCCCCCUUUCUCCGAGACAAUCGCUCGUACCUGGGAAAACGAGAUGGCCGUCGCAACCCGUGCGCUCCGGGGCACAAAUGGGGGGCAGUCGGUUGAAAUCGCAGGGCCGCAUUAGCCCGUCUCCGCUCCUCUCGACCCCAGUGCAGAUCCCCGGGCGCCACCCGGGAGGACGCGAGUGGGACGAGCGAGAUGAGGCGGGCGGCGACCCCGCUGGGCUCGGCGAACCCAGCCGGCCAACGGACUCCGUCCGGACCUCCCAGCAGGUGGGGGGCCGGUCACUCGGCGAGACCACCCGCUGAAUUUAAGCAUAUUACUAAGCGGA